AUGGUGGUGUCAUACAACAGCGAGCCCAAACCGCACACCAUCCGUCGCUUUUACUGGCUAAAACACUAUUUAUAAACGCUGUCUUUGACCCUCCGCUGGCUUGCAAAUGGCUUAAAAUGGACAAUCACCCAACGCAUGGAUUGCAUUAUUUUUUAAAGAUGGAAAACUGAAGGAAUAGCGAACAAGGGACAAACGGAAUGCUGAAAAAUGCACUCGUCUGCGUAAAACCUAAACCUACCAGCUUCCCUGCAAAAACGUUUCAUUAACACAGAUCGGCUGUCUACUCAUAGCUGAAGCCUCCGCGGCUGGAACAAGAAAGCAGACUGUCUGACAUUAAGAAAGCUCCGGGCUCAGGCUGUGGCCUGGGGAUAGAGGCUUCUCAUUUCCUGUAUAAAAACGACAGUGAUUUUGUACAGUUUAAAAGCCAAUUCUGAGAUUUGUUUUGGAUUAUUUAACUGUUUUCAAAACCAUGGCGUCCUAUGUGGAUAACAGCUUUCGGCAGGCGGUGAUGGUGAAUCCCUCAGAGAGGACGCAACAGGACUUGGAGAUUGUAUAUUCCUACUUGCAUGGAAUGGAGGCACUGUCCAAUCUUCGGGAACACCAACUGAGGAUAAUGUGUGAAACAGUCCGCUACGAAAGACACGAAGCCAACGAAGUGCUCUAUUAUCCGGAUGACAUUGGCACGUGCUGGUACAUUCUUCUCUCUGGAUCAGUCUUCAUUAAAGAGUCCAUGUUCCUGCCACGGUCCAGUUUUGGGAAGAGGUCUGCUGGGAGUUUACGGCGUGGAUGCGAGUGCAUCGUUCUGGAGCCAUCCGAGAUGAUUGUGGUGGACUAUAUGGAUGAGAAUGAGGAGUAUUUUCAGCGGCAGGCAUCGCACCGACAGUCCCGCCGAAGGUUUCGCAAGAUCAACCAGAAGGGCGAGCGGCAAACCAUCAUUGACACGGUAGACCCCUAUCCUGCCGGCAAGCCGCCCAUCGCCCGGGGAUACUAUACGGAAUGCGUUAAGCCUCAGCUGCCGGCAGACUUCAGCAGAUUACACUUGGCAGAUGGGAUUCAUCCCCAGGUGAUGCACGUUUCCUCCAGCCACUCAGGAUGUAGCAUCACCAGUGACUCGGGGAGCAGUAGCCUGUCGGACAUCUACCAGGCCACCGAAAGUGAGCCCUGUGACAUGGACCUCAGUGGCCUGCCAGAGACAGCCGUCGACUCCGAGGAGGAUGACGAUGAGGAAGAUAUCGAGCGUGCCUCAGAUCCCCUCAUGAGCCGAGACAUCGUCCGAGACUGCCUGGAGAAAGACCCCAUGGACCGAACAGAUGAUGACAUAGAGCAAUUGUUGGAGUUCAUGCACCAGCUACCAGCCUUUGCCAACAUGACCAUGUCAGUUAGGAGGGAGCUCUGUGCUGUCAUGGUGUUCGCUGUGGUAGAACGGGCUGGCACAAUCGUCCUUAACGAUGGUGAAGAGCUGGACUCGUGGUCUGUGAUUCUGAAUGGCUCAGUGGAAGUAACACACCCAGAUGGCCGGACAGAAAUCUUGUGCAUGGGCAACAGCUUUGGUGUGUCCCCCACCAUGGACAAAGAGUACAUGAAGGGGGUGAUGAAAACCAAGGUGGAUGACUGCCAGUUUGUGUGUAUAGCACAGCAGGAUUACUGUUGCAUUCUGAACCAAGUGGAGAAGAACAUGCAGAAGGUGGAAGAAGAGGGCGAGAUAGUGAUGGUGAAGGAACAUCGCGAGCUUGACCGAACAGGCACCAGAAAAGGACAUAUUGUCAUUAAGGGCACACCGGAGCGUCUUACCAUGCACCUUGUAGAAGAGCACUCGGUGGUGGACCCCACCUACAUCGAGGACUUCCUGAUUACCUACCGCACCUUCCUGCCAAGCCCCAUGGUGGUGGGCAAGAAACUGUUGGAGUGGUUCCAUGACUCCAGCCUCAGGGACAAGGUUACACGGGUAGUCUUGCUGUGGGUAAACAAUCACUUCAACGACUUUGAGGGCGACCCCGCAAUGACACAUUUUCUCGAGGAGUUUGAGUUCAAUCUGGAGAGAGAGAAAAUGUGUGGGCACCUAAGACUGUUAAAUAUAGCAUGUGCUGCCAAAGCUAAGCUGCGGGUGGUGACCCUGACUAAACCCUCCAGGGAAGCCCCCCUGGCCUUCACCCUGCUGGGGGGUUCAGAGAAGGGCUUUCGCAUUUUCAUUGACAGCGUGGAGCCAGGCAGCAAAGCUGCAGAGGCUGGCCUUAAACGAGGAGAUCAGAUACUGGAGGUAAAUGGGCAAAACUUUGAAAAUGUGCCGCUAUCCAAAGUCAAUGAGAUCCUGAAAAACAACACGCACCUGUCCAUUACUGUGAAAACAAAUCUGUUAGUGUUUAAGGAACUACUGGCCAGACCAGACCAAGACCAAGAGCAUGACCAGGAUGAGGAACAAGACAGGAAGAACGGGGCACCUCACAUCCCCAAAAUUGGCGACAUUAAGAAAGCCAGCCGCUACUCCAUCCCAGACCUGGCUGUUGACGUGGAGCAGGUCAUGGGUCUUGAGAAAGCUAGCAAAAAAGCGAAGGCCAACACCGUAGGUGGCAGAAACAAGCUGAAGAAGAUCUUCGACAAGACACUGACCAGUAUUCUUCCACCCAAACCAUACAAUGAUGUGGGGGUGGGUCAGUCCCAGGAUGACAGUAUUGUUGGGCUAAAGCAGUCAAAGCAGAUCCCUCCUGCUCUUCCUGUUAGUGGAAACCUUUCAUCCAGCAACCCUGACCUGCUGCAGUCACAUCACCGCAUACUCGACUUCAACAACCAGCCUGAAGCAGUCCCUGUAAACAUGUCAGACCAGGUAUUGCGAGUGUUCAAAGCAGACCAGCAAAGUCGGUACAUCAUGAUCGGAAAGGACACCACAGCAAAGGAAGUCGUGGCUCAGGCCAUUCGAGAGUUUGCCUUGACCGCUGCCCCUGAAGCCUAUUCACUGUGUGAAGUAUCAGUUACACCUGAGGGUGUCAUCAAACAGAGGCGUCUCCCUGAACAGCUCUCCAAACUGGCCGACAGGAUCCAACUGAGCGGCAGGUACUACCUGAAAAGCAACAUGGAGACAGAGACAUUGUGCUCGGACGAAGAUGCCCAGGAACUUCUGCGGGAGAGCCAGAUCAGCCUGCUGCAGCUCAGCACAGUGGAAGUGGCAACACAGCUGUCCAUGCGUGCUUUCGAAUUGUUCUGUGCCAUCGAGCCCACCGAGUACAUUGAUGACCUGUUCAAGCUGAAAACUCGUUUAUCAGGGCCUCCCAGCCUCAAGCUCUUUGAAGAGGCCAUCAAUCGGGAGACCUUCUGGGUGGCCACGGAGGUGGUGCGUGAACCCAACCAGCUCAAACGCAUGAAGAUCAUCAAGCACUUCAUUAAGAUUGCACUACACUGCCGCGAGUGCAAGAACUUUAACUCCAUGUUUGCCAUCAUCAGUGGUCUGAAUUUGGCACCGGUGUCCAGACUGAGAGGCACAUGGGAGAAGUUGCCCAGUAAAUAUGAGAAACUAUUUAGUGAUCUGCAAGACCUGUUUGACCCCUCCAGAAAUAUGGCCAAGUACCGGAACCUUCUAAACAGCCAGAAUCUGCAGCCACCCAUCAUCCCACUCUUUCCUGUCAUCAAGAAAGAUCUCACCUUCCUGCAUGAGGGGAACGACUCAAAGGUGGAUGGUUUGGUGAACUUUGAGAAGUUGCGGAUGAUUGCUAAAGAGAUCAGACACGUAGGCCGGAUGGCGGCUGUAAACAUGGAUCCCGCUCUGAUGUUCAGAACCAGGAAGAAGAAGUGGAGGAGUUUGGGGUCACUCAGUCAGGGCAGUGCCAAUGCGGCCAUCCUGGAUGUAACCCAGACAGGCGGGCACAAAAAGCGGGUCAGACGGAGUUCCUUCCUCAAUGCCAAGAAGCUGUAUGAGGAUGCACAGAUGGCACGCAAAGUCAAACAAUACCUGUCAAACCUUACCCUGGAGACAAACGAAGAGAGCCUGCAGACACUCUCAAUGCAAUGUGAGCCCUCAGUCAACACAUUGCCGAAGAGUUCUGGGGACAAGAGGAGACCCGACACAUCUCCUGUGGUCGCACGUGCUGCCAUCCACCAGCGCCAGCAGCUUCAGAAAGCCAACCAGGCGCUUCAAGUGCCUGCCGUUGCCCUCUACCCAUCUCGCAAGAAAGUGCCGGUCAAAGACUUGCCGCCAUUUGGCACAAGCUCACCACAGUCUCUGAAGAAGAUACUGUCCCUUUCAGAGGAGGCGGGUGAGAGACACAAGAAACAGAUGGAGGACAGUGUGUCCAACAACUUGUCACAGCUGUCCUCUCCUCCCACGUCUCCUCACAGCUCACCUAAGAAGGGUUAUGGACGAGCAGGUGAUUACCUAUCAGACUCUGGCCAUAGUGAGAUCUCCUCACGCUCUAGUCUAGUGAGCACCUCCUCCCUGGACAUGGGGCAAGAGGAGCGCAGGCAGCGGUAUGGAGGAUUGGCUGGGGAGGGCCAUGGCACCGGUCACCGGCUAGAGCGCAGGGCAACUGCUGACCCUGACCAGUACAGCUUGGGAUCCUACUCAUCUAUGCAGGACUGCCGGGGUCUGUAUGCUGGCGCCACAGUGCUGUCCUCCCCCAGCUCAGAGGAGCUGACGCAGGACCAGGGUGACCGGGUCUCGCUCGAUGCUGCUGAUUCUGGGCGUGGUAGCUGGACUUCCUGUUCCAGCGGCUCCCAUGACAACAUCCAGACAAUGCAGCAGGGGCGUAGUUGGGAGGCGCUGGCAGAGGGAGCGGGGCUCUGGGGAAGUAGAGGGAGCUGGGCAUCAGCCUGCUCCUCCUCGUCCUCUGCGGCAUGUUGGGGUGAGGACUCUGAGGGUGACACGGGCACGAUCAAACGAAGAGGAGGUAGAGAUGUGACCACAGACCCAGAGACCAGCAGCAUCACCUCCACUGGAUCAGAAGAGUCCAGGCAGCACAGUCGACGCCCCUCACCCAUCACUGCAGGCAACACCAAGGCUGUGAUUACACGGAAGGACGGUCGUUACCGGGACCCACCGCCCACACCGCCGGGGUACACGGCAUUGACCAUCUCAGACAUGGCCGAUGGCUUGGUGCACUCCGGCAGGAGACCCCCGGACUACACUACGGCCUUGCAGCGCUCCCGUCUCGUCACACACUCCCCUGACUCCCAGCAGCCACCUGCUUCAGGAAAGUCCACUCCUUCAGACCCCCGGGGCCGAGAAGAGGAGGCGGCAGAGGAGAUGGAAGAGGAGGGUGAGUGCUUGUCUCCCAAACUGAGAACUCAGAGGAGGAGAGGUCCACACACAGCAGUUCCCCCCAGACCAUGAGUUACAUACACCACCCCAACAGGAAGAGGAUGAACAGGUGUCUGCUGUUUGAAAGGGGAUGACACUGGCUUUUAUACACUUGCUGCAGUGACUGCUGGCCCAGAUAGGGGCUUCAAAGGUCAGACAGACAGCUAGACCAACCAGUCUACAUCUUGCUGGCACUGCCUCUCUCCCUCCUGAUGGAUUCAUCUCCCUAACCUGCCUUAAAGCAUCAUGUGGGGUGGGGGGUGGGGGGGGGGUGGGGGUUGUUGCCCUGCAUGCUCAAAAUACUGUGAAGAAAGGAGUCGAGCCAAAAAAAAAAAAAAAAAAAAAGAUUUAUUCGGCUCUUUGGAGAAAGGAAAAAUUAACUGAACUGAAAACUGAACAGCGCUUUGAAAUUCACACAAAAACAAACUACUGUUAAUAAUUAUCUUCAGACAAUGUCCCCCUACCUUAGCUUAAUGGUCACACAGACACAUUUAGUAGGUCCCUUCAGCACUUUUUUUUAACUCUGUUUAGGUGUAAACUGAUGCACACAAUCAAUGUUUCAGUCGCCCUGUUCUCCUACAGGGCACAUAAAGUUGUGAAGGUGAAAGUGGCUUGAACGUGUUCAACUCAUCAACCCCACAUCAGUUCCGAUGGCAACGCUUGUAUCCGUGCGGUUCAGUAUUACAGUAUUAUAUCUACAGUCAGGCUGAUGACUUCCCAGAAGAUUUUACUGAAGAACUGGAGGACUACAUUGUGAAAACUGGAGUUUGCGUUUUGUGACUCCUGACAUACGUAGCACACCUCUCUACUAUGGAAGGUGCAAUGUGGAAAUGAUCCUGUGUGAAGCCUUACUGGGGAGUGGGUGAUAUUAUUGGUUCUUGGCCUAAGUGUGUUUGAGAUCCAUGCUAAAGUGUGAAUGAAACACCAGGUUUGGUCAUAAGCCUCCAAACAAGAAUGACACAGAAAAGACAGGCCAAAUGAAUUAAAAUCUGACUGAAUCUCUUUGUAGGGGAGGUACAAGUAAAGUCAGUCCAACCAGAGAAAAAAACAGCUUAAACCAGCCUCAACUGGUGGGCUGGUCUAAGUUGAUCUCCCAGUCUGGUCUGGCUGAUCUGCUGGCUGGUUUUAGAGGGGUUUUGAGCACUUUUCAGCUGACCGUGCAGAGUGAACUUUAGUAUGACAUGAGCAGUUUUACUAUUGAAUGCCUCUCCUGUUCAAAAUUAAAAGGACAAUUCCAGGUUCAAUACAAGUUAAGCUCAGUCAACAGUACUGGUGGCAUAAUGUUGACUACCUCAACAUUUAUUUCAACUGGUCCCUUGGUUAUGAAAAAAAUGUAAAACAAAAUUGUAGUUACAAUAAUGCACUUUGAAGUGAAUGGGGUUAGUCCUUCAACAUUAAAAUACAAACUGUUUCAAAACUAUAGCCACAAGACAUAAACAUUAUAUGUGUUAACAUGAUUUCAGUGUCAUAAAAUCAGGGAUUUAUCAGAGUUACAGCAUUUACUACAACUAGAUGACAACAAAGUUGUAAUAUUAGAUAUAAAUUGACAGAAAAAGGUAAGCGGUUUUUUUUUUUUUUUUCUUCUUCUCUCACAAUAAAAUCAUGUUGACACAUAUAAUGUGUAAUCUUGUGGCUGUACUUAAAAAAAUAAAUAAAAAAAUUGUAUUUUAAUGUUUAUGGAUUGGCCCCAUUCACUUCCAUUGUAGUUGCCUCACUGAAACCACGACUUUUGCUCUUUUUGUUUUUUAAUUAACAAGUAACGAGUCUAAAUAAUUUUUUGUGGUAAUAAAAACUAUGCCUCAAAUGCUGAUGAUUGAGCUUGAUUUAUAUUGAACUCUGAACUUUUAACGAUCUCUGGCUGCGGCACAACGCCCCCUGUUGGUCUAAGUGAGCACAGCAGGCUUCUCAGGCAAAUGGGGUUGUCUAAUUUGGGUGCAGCUUCCUUCAAGUCAUUAAGUGAUAUAUACUAUUAAGGCAUUAAGGAGGUGUGUUUUGUGCCUGAAAAUGGGUGGCUUUUGUGUUAAUUGUUUUUAUGAGGGCUCAAGUCAUGCAUGUUUCUUCUGGUGUGUACGGAGUGAGCCAUGAUCAAACCACCACUGCUGCACAACAGCUUCCGAAAUCACUCACAGGAACCCAACUGAAAUGUGCUUUCGAGAGACUGGUGGGAUUGGAACAUGCAAACCCACCCGGAGGCUGCCAGUCAAUGCAGAACUUAACACGUUUAUUCUUUUGUUUUAAUCACUGAGUUAAGCUGAUCACAUUGAUCAGUAGUUAGAAACAAUAGACUAAAGAAAAAAAAAAAAAAGAAGUUUGCAGUAUUUUCCACUGUACCCUGUAACGUCACUAGUACUUAAAUUCUUCCUGCUCUAGUUGCCUGUUUGUUUAUAUAUAUAUAUAUAUAUAUAUAUAUAUAUAUAUAUAUAUAUAUAUAAAUUUUUUGGGGGGGCUCCCACCUAUUUUUUGUAAUGGUUAAAAUGGAAACAGUUGUUGAUGACGACACAUUUGUAACAGUAAAUAUAUCAAUCAUCUGCUUCCAUUUAAUUUUUUUAGCAAAUGCUCACACGUUUUGGCAAGCCAAGAUGAGUCGCUUGUUUUGCUAAAUAAGUUGCACAAAUUGUACAAGCAUAAAUACAAGGUAAUACGUAGUAGGUAGCUCUUCUGCUACUCUGUUCGAUUUGUGAUGUCAAGUGAGAAGUGUACAUUUAGCUGGUGAAGAUUCUCUCUAUCUCUCUUUUUUCUUUUUUUUUUUCUUUUUUGUUUUUACUACUUUUACCUGUAUGUCUUUUACAAAGACAAUUGGUGGAGUAUGUAUAUGUUGUUGUUGUUUUUUGUUUUUUUUUAUACAAUAAUUGUAAAUAUUGGUUAUAUUUUUGUUGAAUUGUAGAAAUGUAUGAUGUUUAUGCUUCAACAUCCAGUUUAUAUGAAGCUGGGAGUCAAUAAAUUAGACAAAAUGAACCAAUUUAUGGUUUUAAAUGCACUUAUUAUUAUUGCUAUUUUUCGUUUUGUUUGUCCUGCAUUAAGAUUUUUGUUUGUCAAACAUUACUUUAAAUGACCUCUGGCACCAUCUAGUGUUUGCACAAGAUAAGACAUGGAAGUAACUUGAAAAUGUGUAUCUCAUACUUUUCUAACUGACAAAUGUAUGUUGGGGUUAAUAAAAAUACAUCCAUAUCUAUAUACUGUUGCUG